UCUAUGGGCAGGUCAUUGUUUUGGGAAGAGCUUGAAGACACCUGUUCUACCAUACUGAGACAUCAUCACCAGGUGACUGCUCCCUUCCUUCUCUCCUGCCUACCCUGGGGUAUAAAGGAUCUCUGAUUAUGUGGCAGCAUCACUUAGCUACAUCACACCCCCACACACAGAAAGAGAGAGCGAGAGAGCGAGGGAGGAGUACAAGGAAGAACACUGAACACAAAGAACCACAAAGAAGCUCCAGAUUUGGAACAGAAUCUUCUGUCUUUGAUUAGAAUCUCAGCUUGACUGAAUCCUCUGUUAGUUCUAGAAUUUGUGCGCUGGAUUCUGGAAGUUGAGAAUCUCAGCAGGUUCGAAGAACUUCUUAGUUAAGUCACUUCCUCGUUCCUCCAGGAAGGGCAGGUGUUGGAGAGAGCCAGUCCAGGGAGCCAGCAUGUCGAUGGGCAUGGAGAUUGUGGGGAUUGCCCUGGGCGUCAUAGGAUUCAUCCUGGGCAUCGUGGUCUGUGCUUUGCCCUUGUGGAAGGUGACGGCCUAUAUCGGAGCCAACAUUAUCACAUCCCAGACCAUAUGGGAGGGCCUGUGGAUGAACUGUGUAACCCAGAGUACGGGACAGAUGCAGUGUAAGGUCUACGACUCCCUCCUGGCCUUGCCCCAGGACCUGCAGGCCGCCAGAGCCAUGACAAUCAUCGCAAUCAUCCUGGGGAUUCUAGGGGUGAUGGUCUCCAUCGUCGGAGCCAAGUGCACCAACUGCAUCGAUGAUGAACCCUCCAAAGCUAAAGUCAUGAUCAUCUCCGGAAUUUUCUUCAUCCUGGCCGGGAUCCUAGUUCUCAUCCCUGUCUCCUGGUCGGCCAGCACCAUCAUCCAAGACUUCUACAACCCCCUUCUGAUCAACGCACAGAAGAGGGAGCUGGGGGCCUCUCUCUACAUUGGCUGGGGGGCUGCAGCCCUGCUACUGAUCGGAGGGGCCAUGCUGUGCAGCUCCUGCCCCCCCAGGGAGGAGAAGAGGUACAAGCCCCCCGGCAUGGCCGCCCCUCACAGCGGGGGCGCAGCGGGAUACGUCAGGAAGGACUACGUCUGAGAGAGAUUUCUUCACCUGCCUGAUUGAUUGGAGGGCAGAAAAAAUGAAGGAAAAUAAGAGAGGUAUCGCUAUCCUGAACAUUAGCGUGUUUGUUUGCUGUCUGACACAAAAACUAGGAGAGGAAUCUCCUAGAAAGACUCCAACAUGAAGAAAUGUGUGCUUUAAUGUUACUUCUUGGCUUUUCCUCCCCUGCGUAUUUCUAUUUAGUUUCGUUGUUCAGCUUUAUAGUGUGCAGGCUUUGGUGACGUAUGGUAGAGGCUGUCAAGACCUAGAUACUGUACAUAUCAUCCCAAAUGGCUAGGUUGACAACUGUUAAUUAUUUCACAACAGUUUCAAUUAUAGUUUUUAUUAAUUCAUUUCAAACUUGAGAUGACAAACCAACGCCCUUUUGUUUCAGCACCGUAUUGUAAAUUUAAACUUGAAGGGUCUUGGUUUUCAAGUACUUGAGAAAAAAAUCUAUAGUUGCACAGUACGUGGGCUCAUAUUUGUAGUGCAGUACUGAGGGCCUUAUUGUGUCCGUAGUAUGCUAUUGGCAAGGUAGGAUUUUGUUACACUGAAACUUUUGGUUAAAAUGUUGCACUGUGUAUCACUGACACAGAGGAGUAACUAGCUCUCUCUGUUUUUACAUGGAUUUGAUCAUGAGAUUCAGUUUGUGUGUGUGUGUGUGUGUGUGUGUGUGUGUGUGUGUGUGUGUGUGUGUGUGUGUGUGUCUUUUGAAUGUAUUUGACUAUGAGAGAUUGUGCUAGGUCCAUGAUACAGCCUCAGGUCACAUUAUCAUAGAUGUCUUCCUCUUCACAGUUUCACUGUAUUUAGGUCAAUGUGUGUAUAUGUUUGUUGUAAUAAGAUUUUUCUUUUGUACAAACAAUCAUACAUAUCAUUACGUUGCUUUUUUAAUAUCAUGCAUGCUUUGUGUUCAGAUUUUUUUUCUCAGAAAUAUUAUGAUACAGUGUUUGUACUGUCACUUGUAAAGGAAGAAGACUAUUCCAUUUGUAUAGUUGUGCAGUGUGUAAAACCAUGAUUCUAAUAGGAGGGACAGUAAAACCAGGAUCAUUAUAUGUAGUGAUGCCUUGAAAAUUUAAGCAAUCCUUGGUUCCUGCCAGUGCUGGGUAAAGAUAUGAGGGAGUCAUGACCCUUACCUUAGGACCAUCUGGCAGAACGCCCAGAAUAUGUUCUAUGAAUUAAGAUAGGAGAUGGCGCCAGUCAUAUGCUGGAAUCAAUCCGAUGAAUCAUGUUUAUGUUGGUUUUUAUGUGGCCGCAUAUAAGUCACUAUGUAUAGAGCUCACUUCAGACUGAUAAUUUCUGCACCCAACUGACUGACCUCUCCAGCUUGCUGACAAUAAAGAGUGAUUA